AGGGGACGUCUCUGGAGCCGGCAGGUGGAAGGAGGAGUAGUCUGGAGAGUAACUGCCAGGAGUUGGUGCGCCACAGGAGAUGACACAUGGGGUCUCAACAUUCCACCUCCGUUCACACGUUUUGUCAACGAAAGGAGGAUGACAACCCAGAGGACUUGCUGGCUGAGAGAGAGCAGGAGGAAGCCAUUGCUCAGUUCCCCUAUGUGGAAUUCACUGGGAGAAAUAGCAUCACCUGUCACACCUGCCAAGGAGCAGGCUACAUCCCAGCAGAGCAAGUCAAUGAGUUGGUGGCCUUGAUCCCGCACAGUGACCAGAGACUGCGUCCUCAGAGAACUAAACAGUAUGUCCUCCUGUCUGUCCUGCUCUGUCUCCUGGCGUCUGGCUUGGGGUUCUUCUUUCUGUUCCCACACUCAGUCCUCGUGGACGAUAACGGCGUCAAAGUGGCGAGAGUCACAUUCAACGAACAGGACUCCCUCGUGAUCCUCGAUGUCACGGCCACCCUGAAAAUCAGGAACUCCAACUUCUAUUCUGUGGCGGUGACCAACCUGCUCAGCCAGGUUCAGUACAUGAGGGCCGUGGUUGGCACCUACACGACCGCUAAUGUCUCGUUCAUUCCCCCGCGGAGUGAGCACCUGGUGAAUUUUACGGUGAAGGCUGAGGUGGGAGGACCGUCUUCCUAUGUGUACUUCUACUGCACGAUCCCUGCCAUCCUGGUGCACAACAUCAUUAUCUUCAUGAGGACUUCUGUGAAGAUUUCCUACAUUGGCCACAUAUCCCAGAGCACCUUGGAGACACAACACUAUGUGGAUUGUGGCACGAAUUCCACAGCUGUCUAGAGCCUGCUCUCAGUUCUCCCAGGGUCGCACCUGUAGAAGGAAGCUUAACAUCUGUCCCUCCGGCCCAGCGUCCCUCCUUCCGUGCUGCUGACCCCACGCGGUCUAAAGUGGAGGAGGAAGUGGUUCUCUCGACCCACAGAAAGCGUCCUUCCCAGCACUU